CUCGAGCGCUCCAGGGAGGGGUGGCGGGGAGGCGCCCCCCCACCGCGGGGGGGGCCUGGCCCGCCCGCCAUGUCGGCGGGCAGCGCCGGCGUGGGCAGCUCCGCGCCGCUCGCAGGCUCCGAGGGCGUGGAGCCCGUCGUGGUCACGUCCUUCCCGGCCUUCCGCUCCGAGGAGUGGAUCCGCACGGAGUUCGACCGCCUCCGCGCGCCCACCUCCGUGCUGGAGGGGGUAGGCCUGAACCCGCAGUUCAUGACGGACUUCCCCUCCGUGGGCCUGUACCCCACGAAGGUCGCGCAGGUCCAGGAGCAGAUCAGGACCGCCCUCUUCCGCCAGGCCCUGUUCAAGGUGCAGAACGUAGAGGUCACUCACCUCGAGGACUGCCGGGACGACCGGCUCCUGCAGCGAGUCGCCGGGCGUGCCGGCGGCUCGCUGGCGGGGCGCCUGCUGGACGCCCGCAACCCGCCGGACGUGCAGCUGCUGCACGAGGACGGAGCCCUUCGGCUCGGUGUCCAGGUGGAGGGAUUCUGUCCCAGACGCCGGAAGUGGCUUGUCGCGUCUCCACUGGUACUGGCGCCGAUGAGUUCGAGUUGUGCUUGCAGGCUGAGGGCGACGCGGACGCGCCCGCGUAGUCAAGACGAAACUCGCGCCCGCGCCUGGGUAGUCAAGGAGCUAAAGGGCCCGUUCGCUCGGGUAGUCGAGAAGCGGAGGGACCGCGCAUUCGGGUAGUCGA